UUCCGGCCUCUUCCACAGUUCUCACGCUAGCUCCUGGUUCCGGCGAAACCACUUGCCUCUAUUUUUUUUUUCUCUUUUUUAAAUUUUAAGGGAGUAUUCAUCCACGAGAGCGAUGGUUUGAACAAUUCAUGUUUCUACUUGGGAAUUAAACUCAGCUACUUCUUCGUUAUUCAAAAUCCAGGAUCUGAUGUUUUGCUGCUAAUGCAAGCAAGCUAUCUGAAUCUCUUCCUUUUGCUGGACUUUUCCUUGUUUGAAUCUGGAUGUUGAUUCUGCUUCGCAUUGAAGAGUAAGACGAGUAUUAUCUAUUCGCUUUGAUUCAGAUGGUAACUUCGGAUUUCUUACUUCAAUUGUAAGGUUCUCGGAUCUUUGUAUUUUGCUCCAGAUUUCUAUAUUCCUCAAAGUAAUUUAAUUCUAUUCCCGCAAUCGUGUUCUAUUAGUUCCGAUGCGUUCUCUCCUCUGUGAGUUCUAUCUUUGGAUCGGAUUUCUGUCUGCUUAGUAUUUCUAUAAUUUAAGAUUUCCGUAUCUGUCGAGGGACAGAUGGCGAUAGCUCGGUUGGCUCGCCAAGCAAAGCGUUCGUAUGGAUUGUGCGCGAAGUUGACAGCAGUGGUUAUUUUAGGCCUUUGUUUCAUAGUCGUUUGGUCUAUUUUUGCUUCUCCUUCCACGUCUGUGACGAUUCAGAGGGAAAGUUUCGACAACAUUGGUGAACCCGUAACAGGAAACACGAGGGCAAGAAAUUCUGGAGCUCAAGUUGAUAAUAGGAAGAAAAUAGAUAAGGGUGAAUUGAGCAAAGAUAGGAAAGAGAGAGUGAAAUCCGAUCUAGAUGGAAAGGAUUUGAAAAAGGUUAACGGCUCUGAUUCUAAGUCUCCACGUAAUCAUGCAUCUGGACAGAAGCAUGGAGCAGCAAAGGAGAAAAAUGAGAAACAUAAAGAAAAUAAAUCAGAAGUAGCAAAAAAAGAGAAUCAAGGAUCAGAGGAAUCUGAUGAAGAAGAUACACAAAAGGAAAAUGAGGAGGAAGAACAGGAAGUGGUGGAUGGUCAAGAAGCAGAAUUAAAGGAUGAAGAAGCUGAAACAGAAGGUGAUCUGGGGGAGCUAGAUCAGGAACUUAAGGAGAGGAUUGAGCAAAAAGAUAAAGGGAAAAAGGUCAAGAGAAAGGGUCCAUUGUUUGAUCUAAAUGCUCAUUAUAGUUGGAAACUAUGCCGAGCGAGAAGCAAGUACAAUUACAUUCCUUGUAUUGACAUUGAAGCUGGGGUGGUAAAACAGCAGGGUUAUCGACAUAGGGAACGAAGUUGCCCUAAAGCACCUCCAAUGUGCCUUGUGCUUCUUCCUCCCAACGGAUACAGGCCCCCGGUGCCCUGGCCAGAGAGCAAUUCGAAGAUACUUUACAAGAAUGUUGCACAUCCAAAACUUGCUGCUUUCAUCAAGAAGCAUGAUUGGCUGGUGGAAGUUGGAGAGUUCCUUACAUUUCCUCAGAAUCAUUCCGAGCUCAAUGGUGGGGUUAUUCACUAUCUUGAGUCCAUUGAAGAGAUGGUACCCGAUAUCGAGUGGGGCAAGAAUAUUCGCGUGGUGCUAGAAAUUGGAUGCACAUAUGCAAGUUUAGGGGGUUUUCUUCUCGAAAAGGAUGUUAUAACAUUGUCGUUGGGCUUGAAGGAUGACCUCGUGGACUUGGCUCAAGUUGCACUUGAGCGCGGAUUUCCUACUGUGGUUAGCCCUUUUGGGAGUAGAAGACUUCCUUUCCCUAGUGGUGUUUUUGAUGCCAUUCAUUGUGGGGGAUGCAGCAGAAGUUGGCAUUCCAAUGACGGCAAGCUUCUUAUUGAAAUGAAUAGGAUUUUAAGACCCGGUGGAUACUUCAUCUUGUCCACUAAACAUGACAGCAUUGAAGAUGAAGAAGCAAUGAGUUCAUUGACGGCCUCAAUUUGUUGGAACAUUCUGGCACAUAAAACGGAUGAAGUCAGUGAAGUGGGUGUUAAGAUAUAUCAGAAGCCUGAAUCGAAUGAUAUAUAUCAGUUGAGAAGGAAGAAAAAUCCACCUCUAUGCAAGGAAAACGAAAACCCUGAUGCUGCCUGGAACGUGCCUCUGAGAACCUGCUUACACACCAUUCCAACUGCCAUCGAACAACGUGGAACAGAAUGGCCUGAGGAAUGGCCGAAGAGACUUGAAAAUUUUCCCGAGUGGUUGAGCAAUGACAAAGAGAAGUUAAUUGCAGACACCAACCACUGGAAAGCCAUUGUUGAGAAGUCAUAUCUUACUGGAAUAGGUAUUGAUUGGUCGAAUGUGCGAAAUGUGAUGGACAUGAAAGCCAUUUAUGGGGGGUUUGCAGCUGCUCUCUCGCAGCAGAAGGUUUGGGUGAUGAAUGUGAUCCCAGUCCACGUGCCAGAUACACUUCCGAUAAUCUUCGAACGCGGUCUGGUCGGCGUCUACCACGACUGGUGUGAGUCUUUUGGAACUUAUCCACGAUCAUACGACCUUCUGCACGCAGAUCAUUUGUUCUCAAGGCUUAAGAACAGGUGCAAGGAGCCUGUAUCGAUUGUGGUUGAGAUGGAUCGUAUAUUACGACCGGGAGGUUGGGUAAUUAUACGUGAGAAGCUGGCAAUUAUGAAUCCAUUAGAAGGGAUACUCAAGAGUCUACAUUGGGAGGUUCGGAUGAGUUAUUCUCAUAAAGAAGAGGCAAUAUUAUGUGCACAGAAGACUAUGUGGCGGCCUUAACAAUUUUUGAAGUGAAGCCUUUUUGUUCUUACAAUUUUCUCAGAGACCAAACAAGUUCCACGCUCUUCCACAAUUGCAGAAUGAGAAGACAAAGGUCCUUUCCAGCUAAAGAGAUGCUUCUUCUGGUUCUCCGACGAAAGAUUUACGGUGUAUAUUUGUUAAAUCAUCCCUCAAUUUAAAAGCUUAAGCGAAAGGCCCAACAAAGAUGUUCAAUUUUAAAUGAGGAGGAAGUAAUAUCUAAAUGAGGAGGGAGUAACAUUACAGGAGUUUGAACUCUUGCUCCAAUACCUUAACAAUAUUUUUUUAGAAUUUUUUGUAAUGCUUCUAUAAAUCGACACACUAAUACUUACACGUGAAACCAAAACAUUGUCUUAAAACAUUUGAGGAAAAUGUGAAAAUAUUUCAAUUGGGCCUUUUGUUUU